UGAACGAUGUGAAUUACGCAAUAAUAUCAGCUUAGAAAAAAAUAGUUCUCCAAAUCGGAUAGUUGCCUCAUUAGAUGAUGUUUUUAUGAGAAUACAAGAACGUUUAAACAGACUUUUCAAAUCUGAAGAAGCUAUUUUAAAACACGAAUCUGAUCAAAAUUUAUCAACUAAGCAGCUUAACAAACAAAUAAAAGAUUUAGAAUCUGAAGUAAAUAUUCUGAGAACUAGAUUAGCAGAAAAAAAUGAUCAAUUAACAACUGCUAAAAUGAAAAUUGAUGAUCUAAGAUUAAUUAAAAAUAGUGAUGUAGAUUCAGCCACUUCAUUAUUACACGAUACUAUAGCUAAAUUAACAGCAGAACAUAAGCAAUGUACAUUAGCAAUAGAAGAUAAAAAUAAUGAGAUCACUAAAUUAAAUGAUUUGACAAACCAUCUUAAAAAUAUGCUUUCAACUUAUGAAUCCAAACUGGUAGAAAAAGAAAACAUUGAUCCAAAUACAAUAAAAAGCUUAGAGUCAAAAGUUGUAAAACUUGUUGAAGAAAAUAUGAACUUACAG